ACUACACUCCUCCUGGACAAGAGCACGUGAGUUCGCGGACGGCAUUUCCUCAGUGUUCCCCUGGACGAGAGACGAGACGGGAUCUGACUCAUGUGUGUAUAGGGAAGACCUGCUGGUGAAAGAGCCUGCGGUCGCAGCUCCAUACAGACCAGCACGGGGACCCAAGAGGAGCCGAAGACGGAAAAACAAAAACACGCCCACACUCACUGUACGCACGCCUCUAGUAUGCCUGUGGAAAAUGAGUCAUCUUGCAGGAGUUACAGGAGGCUGGCUGGUUGGCUGGCUGUCCCGAACUUUAAGAAAUGGUAGUCUGGCCAGGCCAUCACAGAGACUCCUGCAUGGAUCAUAAAUCAUAAUAACAUGGAACAGUGGUGUCAUAUGACUACGGUUUUAGCGCUGCUGCUGACCGACACCAAGCCGUACACGAACAAGCACUGUGCGGGGUAGCUUGCAGAGCAUCCUUUUCUGUUGCUAUAAUAGAGUGUUUACGGUAGGCAACUUGUGCGCCUCUUGUUUUUCUGCGGUGGUUCCGAUCGUGCAUGCAGGUGUAGACCAGACGCAAUUUCACUACGCAACAAGCGCUGCUUCAGCUGGCCGUCAGCGGCGUUCGGUCCUGGGGAAACAUUUAAUGACAUUAGUGGGACUCCGUCGGUAAAACCUCAUCCUAGGAAGGUGCCAGCAAAUCCAAUUCGACUGAUUCUUCAAAGGCGAGCGCUGUGCAAGAUUAUGUUCAGGUGCUGAGCUUUUCUCCAGAGUAGCGGGCAAUGUCAAACGUCAACGUCUGGAGAUGGAAAACAACGUAACAGGCGAACUGCACCCAGUGUAUCAUCACCAUCCGGAAAAAUAAGGCUUUUAUUUGUGCAGCGUUCGAUCAUUUAAAUCACCGCCAUGCCGCAAAUGUUGGGGUUGUUCACCACUGACCAUGUGGCAAAGCUCAGAAAACGGCACCAGUGCACUGAUGAUGACGGUCUUCGCUGGUGAUGCUCAGAUGUGGGAGCUUUACAGUAACUGAGAAUCAAUCUUGUAGUGACCGCUGGAGACGCUGACGUGGACACAACAUCUGCUAGAUUUGAGUGAGUGUGUGUGCAAUAUAAUUAUCACUUUUUUUUAUCUCGACAGUUUUUUCAUUGAGGGUAAAACAGUAAGUCGUGUCGACACGCAUUUUACACGAAGCCUUCACCAUGGAUGAAGGUAAUGCCAACGACUCAGUCCCAGAUCUGAAAGACCUGGAGUUAAAGAUCGGUAGAAAGACCCCCGAGGGUCUCCUGAAGUGGAUGCGGGAAGAAUCUGCGCAUCGUGGGGAGUCCAAGUCAAGUAUCCCGGAGUGUAUAGAUCGAGACCCGGCCAGGAAAAGCCUCGACGACAAGAUAAGAAAAUUGAAAGUAGAGAUGGCUCACCUGCGCUCGGUGGACGUGCGGAUCCUGCAGCAGCUGCUGGCGGUGCACGAGGGCAUCGAGGCGGUCAAGUGGCUGCUGGAGGAGCGCAGCACGCUGACCAGCCGCUGCAGCAGCCUGACCAGCAGCCAGUACAGCCUGGUGGACGGCCCGGAGGCGCCCAAUUCCUGGCGCGGCAGCUGGGGCAGCCUGCACGACCCCCACGACCGCCUGGACAACAUCUCCAUCGGCAGCUACCUGGACACGCUGGCUGAUGACAUGGACGAGUACGGAUGCCCGUCCAGCUCCGAGUCCAUGUUGUGCUCCACGCCCCUAGGGGGCUCCACUGCUGGUGGGGGUGAUGGGGGCGCAGGAGCCGGGCUGAGCUCAGGGAGCGGAUCUCCCGUGGUCAAGCAGCCGGAGGCCCCCAAGGAGGACGUGUGGACCAGGAACCCAGACGCCGGCCGAGCGGCCUCCUCGUCCUCCAAGCCGCCGCCGCCGCCGGCCCUGGACCGCACGCUGUCCCCCAAGGCCAACGGCAUGUGUGAGUCGGCACGGGCCUGCCUGGCCGAGAAGCUGGGCAAGUCCCAGAGCCCCAAGGCCAAGCCGUACCAGAACGGCCGCGUGGAGCUGGACACCUGCAAGCUCAACGGCAGGGUGCACCUGGAGUACGAUGCCCACUGGCGUUGGGUCCAGUCCCAGGACGACGUCACCUUUCUGUGACCUGCGGCCCUGCCGACUCCUGACACGCCGACAUGGAUGCACUGACAAUUUUCAUGCAGAAAGGCCAAAGGUCAACCCAGACUGGCCGGGGGGGGGCAGCGAGCAUGCUCAGACGUUGACCUGCCGAGGACCUGUGUGUGCUAAAGGUGUUGUGGUGGAUGUGCAGGAAGGAGAGGCGUGGUGGUGGAUGUGCAGGAAGGAGAGGCGUGGUGGUGGAUGUGCAGGAAGGAGAGGCGUGGUGGUGGAUGUGCAGGAAGGAGAGGCGUGGUGGUGGAUGUGCAGGGAGGAGAGGCGUGGUGGUGGUGGUGUUUUUUUUUUGCGAUGUUCCCAAAUCCUGUCCGGGUGUUUACAUCUGUGUGCCUGCAUGUUUGGUGUCAUUUAGCAGAACGUGGAAAAAGCCCGGUGACGACCGCACGGCACAGCCUCCAUGAUGUCAGUCCGGGUCAAAACUCAAAUCAGUGAUGAGUUGAAAUCGAUAAAUGAACUCCCGAUUCUAUGCAUUGUCUGUCUCUUCUGUAUAAUCAAAAGUCUCUUAACUUAACUAGUUACUUACUUCAGAGGUCUCAGUGUAUAACUCUUAUUGCAGUAGGGUAAAGAUAUCUUGCUCCAAAGUUGUCUAUAUAGACCACUGUGGAACCCUUUGGGUAGGUCACUUAGUGUACCGUAUGGUUAGAGAGUGGACCAAAGUCUUUUGCUUAAACAAUCCCUUAUGUUCAAAAUGACGGCUAAAUAUUUUUGUAGUCAAACAGUUUCUAGAAGAGUAUAAAACUGCAGUUAUCAAAGCAACAGUUUCUAGAAGAGUAUGAAACUGCAGUUAUCAAAGCAACAGUUUCUAGAAGAGUAUGAAACUGCAGUUAUCAAAGCAACAGUUUCUAGAGGAGUAUGAAGCUGUGAACAGGCUAGCUGCUUCGCUAACUUCUGUCGCUGUGUGUGUGUGUGUGUGUGUGUGUGUGUGUGUGUGUGUGUGUGUAUGCAUGUGUGUAUGUGUGUGAGUCUGUGGCACUGUCUUGCUCUCAGUGGAAUCUACUUAUGAUUAUGCACUUACAAUAUGUGUCGCUGCUCAUGUUUGUAGUAAUACCAACUCAACAAAUAUGUGUAAACAAUCUAUGGCAAUACCUGCGUUGUAAAUCAGGUAAGUUUGUGUGUGUCUGUGUGUGUGUGUGUGUGUGUGUGUGUGUUUGUGUGUGCAUGCGUGCAUUUGUGUGUUGUGGUGCCCAGACAUAGCCAGUGUUAAAGAACUGCAUGAUUGUGUGCACAAACUGAGCUGAGAUACUAGUGUCAGUGCAGUAAUGUAUCAUGACCACUGUGACUGGCUAGUUUAUUCAUAAAUAAAACAACAACAUGUGUAUGUAUCCCCA